AUGAAACAGGAAUUGAAGGAAGGAUUCAAGAAGAGGAAGAAAGGAGGAAUACAAAAAUUGGGCGAAAAAGGAGAAACGACAUAUAUGGAAGCUUCAGUAUCACCAUCAGCUGGCACUGGGCUGCCUGGUCUUGGUCUAUCGAUGACACCCUUCUCUAUACCUGAAUCUUCAGUGUCGAUGAAGUCAACUGUAUCUGCAAAUGAAACAGGCAUUGAAGGAAGAAUUCAAGAAGAGGAAGAAGAGGAGGAAUACAAAAAAUUGGGCGAAAAAGGAGAAACGACAUAUAUGGAAGCUUCAGUAUCACCAUCAGCUGGCACUGGGCUGCCUGGUCUUGGUCUAUCGAUGACACCCUUCUCUAUACCUGAAUCUUCAGUGUCGAUGAAGUCAACUGUAUCUGCAAAUGAAACAGGAAUUGAAGGAAGGAUUCAAGAAGAGGAAGAAGAGGAGGAAUACAAAAAAUUGGGCGAAAAAGGAGAAACGACAUAUAUGGAAGCUUCAGUAUCACCAUCAGCUGGCACUGGGCUGCCUGGUCUUGGUCUAUCGAUGACACCCUUCUCUAUACCUGAAUCUUCAGUGUCGAUGAAGUCAACUGUAUCUGCAAAUGAAACAGGCAUUGAAGGAAGGAUUCAAGAAGAGGAAGAAGAACAGGAAUACAAAAAAUUGGGCGAAAAAGGAGAAACAACAUAUAUGGAAGCUUCAGUAUCACCAUCAGCUGGCACUGGGCUGCCUGGUCUUGGUCUAUCGAUGACACCCUUCUCUAUACCUGAAUCUUCAGUGUCGAUGAAGUCAACUGUAUCUGCAAAUGAAACAGGCAUUGAAGGAAGGAUUCAAGAAGAGGAAGAAGAAAUGAAAAGACUGGGAGAAAAGGGAGAAACGACAUAUAUGGAAGCUUCAGUAUCACCAUCAGCUGGCACUGGGCUGCCUGGUCUUGGUCUAUCGAUGACACCCUUCUCUAUACCUGAAUCUUCAGUGUGGAUGAAGUCAACUGUAUCUGCAAAUGAAACAGGCGUUGAAGGAAGGAUUCAAGAAGAGGAAGAAGAGGAAUACAAAAGAAUUGUAAAGGAGAAACGACAUAUAUGGAAGCUUCAGUAUCACCAUCAGCUGGCACUGGGCUGCCUGGUCUUGGUCUAUCGAUGA